CUGUUCAUCGGUGACAGGUUCUGGUGUCGUACCAAAAUGGUUCUUGCGCCAAGGUUCAAGCAGUGGCGACCUUUGAGCUUGAAGCAGCAGAAGCUCAACCGGGCGAGUCACGUUGUUGGCGCGGCUGCUUUUACAGCUUCAAUUGUCUUGGCCGUAAUUUGUUAGGAAAGCUUCAGCUGUCGUAACUCAAAUGAAGCUUUGAAGAUGAUUAGAGUUAGUUUACACCAAUUCUGUCGUAUAAAGGUGACUCAAAGUCAUUGUAACAGUUACAUUAUGUCUCCGACUCCAGCAAUGUCCUAUGAUACGCUUCACUUGAAGGAGUACAGCAUCGGUGAUCCGACGUUGCACGCUCGUCGAAAAAUGAAAUCGCGCAUGUUCAACCGGGCUGCACUUUUCGUCGAGCAGCAAAAAGAGGCGAUUCUUCCUGACGAACACGCCGUGACCGACGCGUAG